AUGACAAAGAAGACGGUGAUAUUUGUUUCGUUAUGGCUGAUAAUUGCCUCAACAUGGGUGCUAAACUUUACCACCGCAGCUGAGGAUGAGGAGCCACAUUGCAUUUGGUAUGGCCAGAGUCACGCGGUUGGGCAGCAUUGGCUUAACAAAGCUGUCAAUAGUCCACCGCAACCAUUGAAUGAUACCAGCGCUGAAGCGAUUUUUAAACGACGCUGCCCACUUUGGUAUGCUGAAUACAAGUCUUCGGACCCCGAUGAACCUCUCAUGCUCUGCUGUGACGCUGCUCAGCUGCGCACAAUGGAAUCGGGUUUAUCACAAAUCGACGGUGUCUUCUCCCGCUGCCCUACUUGUGUUUACAAUAUGGCCUACUCAAUUUGUGGCUUGACCUGCGCGCAGAAUCAUAGUCUCUUUUUGGUACCCUAUAAUGAGACGUACGAUGAUCAUGAAUAUAUUGAGGAAAUCGAUUACCGUAUCGAUGAUGCGUCGGUAGAGCUAGUCUACGAUAGUUGCGCGGGCAUUCAACACACACAGACGGGUCGUCCAGCCAUGGAUCUAGCAUGUGGCGCAUAUAACGCAAAGACCUGCGAUCAUCGCAAAUGGUACAUCUUCAUGGGUGACCCAACUUUGAGUGAUUAUGUACCAUUCCCCAUAAAUUACGAGUUUUUAAAUGAAACAAGCGAGCUACCACGACUGGUUGUACCAGCGAAAAAUUGUUCGGAAGCCUAUGACGGCGCAUUUGCGUGCUCAUGUGUUGAUUGCAGUGCCUCUUGUCCCUAUAUGGACGCUCCUACUGGGCAGGCAGAAAGCUAUAUGAUAGCCGGACUUUAUGGAAUUACUUUCAUAGUCUCCGUCGUAUUCGGUGCACUCGUCAUGGUGUUCAUACUAUGCGGCUCACUGAAUAUCUGCAAACCGAAAAUCAAGAUUUCAAGCUGUUGUGCGGGUUUUAGCUGCGUGAAUACUAAACUCUCUAAGAGUUUUCGUGCUUGGGGAUAUUUCUGUGCAAAAAAUCCCGUACUCAUUUUGGCCCCAAUUGAGCUUUGGGCUAGCGAAGAUAGUCAAACACGUUUGGAAAAAGAUUACUUUGAUGAACGUUUCGGACCCUUCUAUCGCACCAAUCAGAUAUUCUUCAAACCCAUUAACCAAUCGAGUUUCACACACAACACAUCAACGGGCAUAUUGACAUUUGGGCCAGCAUUCGAAAAAAGUUUCCUAAAAGAGGUCUUCACAUUGCAACAACAAAUUGAAGCAAUAACCACAGAAACCGGUGUUACAUUAGCCGAUGUUUGCUAUGCGCCUAUGCUAUAUACCGGAGUGGAAGCGACCACUGAUGAUUGCUUGGUACAAUCCAUUUUUGGCUACUUCCAAAAUAAUAUGGAUGAGUUUGAUUUAGAGUAUGUAGAUUCAGAUGGUUACACUAACAACUAUCUUAAUCAACUUGAGGAUUGCCUCCGAGUUCCAAUGUUGGAGUCUUGUUAUGGCCCUUAUGGUGGUCCCAUUGAACCUGGUAUUUCUGUAGGCGGCAUGCCGAAA